AUGUGGAAAAACCAUUUUUUCUUUUGCUUUUUGCUUCUGGCUGUGACAACAAACCACAUAGUAUGUGGGCAAAACAGAAAGAAAGAAAAGAAUUCUUAUUCUCUUGUGCAAAAUUAUGAAGGCAAUAUGUGUCUCAUUGAUAUAGUCUUUAUCUUGGACAGUUCAGAAAGUGCCAAAAAUCAGUUGUUUGAUUUACAGAAGAAUUUUGUUCAAAACUUAAUUGACAGCAUUUUCCAGAUGAAGCCAGUUAAGUCUCAGAAGUAUAAUGUCAAACUAGCAAGUAUGCAGUUUAGCAGCACAGUCAGCAUUGAUCAUCCCUUUACAGCCUGGAAAAGUGUGCAGACUUUUAAAGAGAAAAUCAAGUCUCUGGGUUUUAUUGGCCAUGGCACCUACUCCUAUUAUGCAAUUUCCAAUGCCACUCAGCUGUUUAAAACUGAAGGUCGUAAGAGAAGUCUGAAAGUGGCUUUUUUGAUGACUGAUGGUGUUGAUCAUCCAAACAGCCCUAAUGUCGAGGGUAUAGCCACAGCAGCUAGGAGUCUUGGAAUACAUUUUUUUACUAUUGGCCUUUCUAAGAAUAAAGUCCAAGAAGAAAAAUUGCGCCUGAUAUCUGGUGAUUCAUCUUCUAAAUACAUCUUAUGCCUGGAUGAUGAGAACCUGGUAGUUGAUGUAGCAUUGGAACUGGAAGCCUUGCUUCAGAAGAAGUGUAUGCAGAAGAACUGUGGAAAGAACUGUGGGUUGGAAAAGGGAGUAAAAGGAGACAAAGGUGAUUCUGGAAGUGCUGGUGACAAAGGGGAAAAAGGUGAACCAGGACCAAAAGGAAGCAAGGGUGAUACUCAAAAAGGAGAUCAUGGAGAAAAAGGUGAAGAGGGAGCUCCUGGCUACAAGGGAGACAAGGGUGACAGAGGAGAAUGUGGGUCGCCAGGACUAAAAGGGGAAAGAGGUUUGGAAGGUCCUUUUGGCCCUAGGGGACCUCGGGGACCUCAGGGUAUCGGUGGACCUCCAGGUGAGCCAGGCCCAAAAGGUAUUCAAGGAAGCAAGGGAGAGCAAGGCCCUUUAGGUCUCUACGGUCCUCCAGGACUCCCUGGUAUUGGAGAGCCAGGCCCCAAGGGUGCUAGAGGACAAGAAGGUAAAAUGGGAUUGCCAGGACCACCUGGAAUUUGUGAGCCAGGAUUACCUGGACCACGUGGCCCUGAUGGUCUUCCAGGUGAGAGGGGUAUACCGGGAGAGGGCAUUCAAGGCCAAAAGGGUGAAAAAGGCUGUACUGGUGUAGCGGGUCCUCCUGGGUUGCCAGGUCAACAAAUCAAAGGUGACAAGGGUGAACAAGGCCAAGUGGGACCACAGGGCCCAGCAGGACCACCAGGAAUAGGCAAUCCAGGAAGCCAGGGUAUACAGGGUCCACAAGGAAACCCUGGGGCAAAAGGAUCUAAAGGUUUUGGUCUGCCAGGUCCAAAGGGCCAACCAGGUGACCCUGGACAAAAAGGAGAACCAGGACUUCCAGGAAUUGGUGUACAAGGACUUAAAGGAGAUAUAGGUCCAUCAGGACUCGAAGGAAAGAGAGGGGCACCAGGAGUUCCUGGGCAAUCAGGGAAUAAGAAUGAGCUGCUGAGUGAGCAGAACUCAGGGCUUUGGCUGACUGUUGAAUUGCUGUUGAUAAUCCAGGCAUCUCCGAACUCUGCUACUGUGCAGCUCAUAGACGAGGGUAGCAGCUGGCCAACGUGUAGAACUGAUGAACUGAACGGGGAAAAGGGAGAUCAAGGUCCAAGAGGCACUCAAGGAGUCCCUGGCAAAGGAGAUGUAGGACAAAAGGGUGACCCAGGAGAAAAAGGAUCCCAAGGACCGAUUGGUUUUACAGGAGUACAGGGCCCAGCUGGACCGAAAGGUGAACCAGGAGAGAGAGGACCACGUGGUGUCGCUGGAUCAUCUAUUCGGGGACCUGCUGGACCAAAGGGGGAUCCAGGACCCAAGGGGCCACCAGGAGAUGAUGGAAUUCCUGGAAAAUCAAUAAUGGGACCAGAGGGUAACCAAGGACUACCUGGACCACGUGGACCUCCUGGAGAAAAAGGCAAUGGCCACAAAGGUGAAUCUGGACCCCCAGGACCACCAGGCCCCCCAGGACCACCAGGCCCAAAAGGCGUGGGAGAUGCUGGACCAAAGGGAGAUCAUGGAAUGAAAGGCUAUCGUGGGCCCCCGGGACCACGGGGCCCACCAGGAACAGAUGGUCCCAAGGGUAUUAUGGGACAGAAAGGCGUGCCUGGUCCACCUGGCCCCCCUGGCGACAGCGUAGAAGGAAGCAAGGGAGAAAAAGGAAAUCAAGGCUUUCCUGGACCAAAGGGAUCAGUAGGAAUGGGUUUUCCUGGACCAAAGGGAGACUAUGGAGAUAAAGGUGAUCCAGGGAGCAAGGGUGCCAAAGGAGAGAUUGGAGACCCAGGACCUCCAGGACCAAAGGGAAUUUGGGGAAGAAAAGGUGAACCUGGUCUUUCGAGAGAAGAAGUUAUCAGACUUAUCAAUGAAAUAUGUGGUUGUGGAAUCAAAUGCAGAGUAACACCACUGGAACUUGUAUUUGUCAUUGACAGUUCCGAAAGUGUUGGACCAGACAACUUCAUUAUUAUAAAAACUUUUAUGAAAACAGUCAUUGACAAGGUGUUGGCCAAUCACGCUACAACCCGUAUUGGCAUUAUCAACUUCAGCCAUAAAGUGGAGCUGGUGUCUUCUCUGAAGCAGUACACAACAAAAGAAUUCCUGAAAUCAGCUGUUGAUAAAAUGCCCUACUUAGGAGAAGGCACGUACACAGCUUCUGCUAUCCACGAUGCCAUUCAGUUGUUUCAGUCAGUACGCUCGGCAGUAAGGAAAGUGGCUGUUGUAAUAACAGAUGGACAAGCAGACGUUCGUGAUAAAAUACAACUGGACACUGUAGUGAGGGAGGCCCAUGCUACAAAUAUUGAGAUAUUUGUCAUUGGGAUUGUUCAAAGGACUGAUCCUCAUUAUGAUGAUUUUCUGAAAGAAAUGCAACUCAUUGCAACAGACCCUGAUGAAGAACAUGUCUACCAGAUAGAUGACUUCAUGACGCUUUCAGCUCUUGAAAAUAAAUUGAUAACAAAAAUCUGUGACAACGUGUCUGAAGUUUACACCAGAAAAGAAAAUGUUUUAUCUCUAUCUCCAAGUCUAAAAUCUGAUACGGCUAGUGAAGUUACUAAUAGCCAGUUACCUGAAAUGACUCCUUCGAAGAUUUAUGUGCUCCCUACAGAAGCUUACCCACUUAGUCCACCACAGAACGGAUAUACGGAGCUCCUGUCAUCUGGUCAAGGUCACACUGCGACCAUCUCUUCUCAGAGGGAAUCAAAAUUUCCCCCGCUUCAUGAGAUACCUGAAAUGAGACCUCAGAAUGCAGUUACCACUCCAUUGUUCAGUGUAACUGCUGCUCAAGAUCACCACCCAACUGUGCUGCGACCACCAGCGGCAACAACUCAGAAAGAUCCAAGGUGUUUGGAGCCUUUCAAACCAGGAGAUUGUCGGAACUACGUGGUGAAAUGGUAUUAUGACAAGAAUAGCAAUUCUUGUGGCCAGUUCUGGUAUGGAGGUUGUAAUGGUACCAACAAUAGAUUUGAAACAGAACAAGAAUGUCAAAAAACCUGCGUUGAUUGGUGA